AUGUCAGGCAGCACUCAACUCAUUAGCGGUGUGUCCGCCAACCAGAAUUCGCAGGUUGUAGCUGGCACUAUCCAUGGAUCUGUGAACUUUGGGAGCAGCGAAAACUUGAACGAUGUGCUCAGCUCCCUCCCCACCUCAGAGGACGCGCCGUUCAAUACAUACCAGCGACAACCCGACCCGGCCUGCCUUCCCGAUGCCCGCGUUGAUCUCCUUCAAAAGAUCUACAUCUGGGCUGAUGGCCGAGACGAGCGCUGUAUUUUCUGGCUGAACGGCUUGGCCGGCACGGGCAAGUCGACAAUUGCGCGCACUGUCGCCCGCAGGCGCUUCGAUGAGCAGCAACUCGGAGCCAGCUUCUUCUUCUCGCGUGGCGGUAGAGAUGUCAACCAUGCAGACAAGUUCAUCACGAGCAUUGCGUGGCAGCUGGCGAACAACAUACCCUCUCUCCACCAGCACAUUUGCGAUGCCAUCAUAGAGCGCCGCGACAUUGCGAGUCAGUCCCUCCGCGACAUUGCGAGUCAGUCCCUCCGCGACAUUGCGAGUCAGUCCCUCCGUGACCAGUGGCAGCAGCUUAUCCUACGUCCACUAUUAAAGCUAGCUCGAUUAUUAAAGACGGUUCGACUACGAGUCUUGCUGACCAGCCGAUCUGAGAUUCCAAUCCGAUAUGGAUUCCGUCAGCUACCGAAUGCGAAUCUCCAGGAUAUUGUACUUCACGGCAUAUCACCCUCAAUCGUAGAUCACGAUAUCUCUGUUUUCUUCGAGUACAAUCUUAAGCUCAUUGGACAGGAGCACUCUCUGGAUGACUCCUGGCCAGGCGAAGAGAUUAUCAGAAGCCUGAUCCAGAUUGCAGGGGGAUUGUUCAUUUGGGCCGCAACCGCUUGUCGGUUCAUUCAAGAAGGUGUUUUCGCAGACGAAAGAGUGCAAACUUUGCUAGAAGGCAGUACCUAUAUUCCUGCACAGGAAGAGCAUCCGGAAGUACAACUUAAUAAGCUCUAUACUACCGUCCUAAAGGAAUCUAUCUGGUCAGGUUACUCAGCAAAGGAGAAGGAAGCAUUAUAUGGCAUGCAAAAACACAUUCUUGGAAGCAUCGUGGUUCUCUUCUCCCCGCUCUCUACCAGCUCGCUUCACAGGCUGCUUAAUAUCACCAAGCAAAGGAUCGAUCAGGUGCUCAGGGAACUUCAUGCGAUUCUAGAUGUCCCCAAGGUCGGCAUAUAUCCACUUCGUCUGCAUCACCCUUCGUUUCGCGACUUUCUCCUCGACAAAAAGAGAUGCGGAGAUACAAAUUUCUGGGUAGACGAGAAGGAAGCUCACCAUAUGUUAACCAACAGCUGUAUCCAGCUUAUGUCGUCAUCACUCAAGCAAGAUAUCUGUUACAUGGAUGCCCCCGGUAUGCUUGUAGUCAAUAUCAAAAGAAGCCGAGUUGAACAAUGUCUUCCUCCUGAAGUCCAGUACGCAUGUCUUUACUGGAUCCAGCACCUCCAGAAAAGCGGUGCUCGACUUUGCGACAAUGAUCAAGUACAUCAAUUCUUACAGGAGCAUCUUCUUCACUGGCUCGAGGCCCUUGGAUGGAUGGGGAAGCUGUCGGAAGGAGCUCAUGCUAUCGCAUCUUUAGAGCUGUUUACUUCCUUAAGUAAUUGCCCUGGUAUUUCAAGCUUCAUCUAUGAUGCGAAGCGGUUCGUCCUCUAUAAUCGGCCAGCUAUCGAGCAGGCUCCCUUUCAGACGUACUAUAGUGCCCUCGUAUUCGCACCGACAAUAAGUAUAAUAAGAAAGCAGUUCGAGAAAUGGAAUGCGGUAAUACAGACGCUCGAGGGCCAUUCGAACGGGGUCAACGCCGUGGCCUUCGCGCCGGACGGCAAGACGCUGGCGUCGGAAUCGUGGGACCGGACGGUCAAGCUGUGGGACGCCGGGUCGGGCGCGCUGCAGCAGACGCUCGAGGGCAAUUCGAGCGGGGUCAACGCCGUGGCCUACGCACCGGACGGCAAGACGCUGGCCACGAGUGGCGGCAGCCGAUGA